AUGCAAGAUAAAGGAUUAGAUGUAAUCGUUCAAAAGUAUAAAGCACUUGGGUAUUCGGAGAUAAGUGACCAUACGAACCAGCGAUAUCAAUUUCGAUUUUGUGCAUGUAAAGGUGAUAGCAAUUCACCGGAAAGGGAUGAUAACUGUGUUUGUUCAAAAGCUGUGAAUGCUCAACUCGUUCAACGGUCAAUCCCUCAUAUGCUUUACUCAUCCAGUUGCAUUCAUUUGCAAUAUGCUAAGAACUGCUUGAUCGGUUCACUGGAAUCAUCACCAGAACAGAGCAAUCUCUAUGUCCGUAUCAAAGUUGGGCGUGCCACCCUAACAAAUCCGGCUUAUCAAAAGAUUCGUCGUUCAAAACGCAAGGUCACUGCUCAACUGACUUGUUCGAAGCAGUCUUCUAGCGAUACCUGCGUUCCAUGUGAAACUGGCUUCAUUGAAUAUGGUGAAAAUUUAUUCUUCUACGCGGCAAAAAUGUUUACUGAUGAAGAAAGAAUGGCUGAAUUAGUUACUCAAAGUUUCUAUACCGAAGCUUUGGGUUACGAUUAUGAACGCUUCAAACGUUUGGAUUACCAUAAGACGGGUCAUUUUACGCAGAUGAUUUGGAAAUCGACGAGAAAUAUUGGAAUCGGUGUAGCAAUACGAUCGUUUGAAGCUCAUUAUAACAGUGAUUGUUUACCAAAGUUUGACAGUUAUUUAUUUUAUGUCGUUAUCAAAUAUGAUCCUCCUGGCAACAUACAGUCUAAAGAUUAUUACCUCGAUAAUGUUCUACCACCACAGUGA